CAAACUUUCCACUUUCUAUAUCCCUUUGUCGAGAUAUUUUGCAAAACCCUCUCCUCUUCAAUCUUCAUCACUGAGAAAUUGGAAACCCUCUGCAAAUCCAUUCCUCCAUCGUAAUUGACCACAAUGCUACUCGCAGCCACACCCUUUUCGUUCUAUGCUCCGUCAAAGCCUCUUUCACCUGUACAACGCUCUUCUCCCCUGAAAACAAGAGAUUUUGCUUCUAUAUUCUCCACCCCUACCCAAUCCCUAGCAUCCUCACUUCAAUCGCCGUCAAGAAGAUUGCUUCCUACUCCACCUUCAGGAAAAUAUCUCAGAGAAGACUAUCUUGUUAAAAAGUUUUCUGCUAAAGAGAUUCAGGAUUUAGUAAGAGGAGAAAGAAACGUGCCAUUGAUAAUAGACUUCUAUGCGACAUGGUGUGGCCCUUGUAUAUUGAUGGCUCAAGAGCUUGAAAUGCUUGCAGUUGAGUAUGAAAGCAAUGCCAUGAUAGUGAAGGUUGAUACAGAUGAUGAGUAUGAAUUUGCAAGGGACAUGCAGGUGAGGGGUCUACCAACAUUGUAUUUUAUAAGUCCUGAUCCAACCAAAGAUGCCAUAAGAACCGAAGGAGUCAUCCCAAUUCAGAUGAUGCGGGAUAUUAUCGACAAAGAUAUGUGAAAAAAAAAAUCAAAAAAUUUUAGUUUUGUAUGAUUUGAAAAAGAUAAAUUAGUAGGUUUAGGUUCUUAUUAUGUUGUUUUAAUUAACUUUUGGGAUUACUUAAGUUGUUGCAAUGUUAAGGAUGAGUUUGUCUUA